AUGGUGGCUACCAGCCAGCCAGAAAUGGGCACAAAGGUGUUGGUGUCUACUUACUGUUGCUCAGCCUCAAACAACAACAUUCUUCUUCACCAGUAUUCGAGUCGUAUUCGUGUUCGUGUUCGUGUUCGUGUUCGUGUUCGUAUUGGGGUGCCAACAACAACAACAAGAAGAAGAAGAUAUAAUAAUAAUGGGUGGCGUCUAACUUGUGAUGCUUCUCCUUCACCCCUAUUGGAACAGAUGCACCACCACCACACACAAUCUUUAUUUCUGUUGUUGGCAGAUACUACUACUGAUGCUGGCUACUCCUUGGCCAGUUACUACACUUCAUUGGCGCUGUUUGUUAUCUCCGUGCCUGGCCUCUGGUCCCUCAUCAAGCGUUCUGUCAAAUCUAAGGUUGUGCAAAAGACCUUUAUAGGAGAGGGAGAGAAGAAGGCGCCUAACCAGGUGGCCGGAGAAAUACUUUCGUUUUUUACACGAAAUAAUUUUGCAGUGUCGGACAGAGGAGAGACAAUAACAUUUGAAGGUAUGAUGGUACCAAGCCGGGGUCAAGCAGCACUGCUUACUUUCUGCACGUGCAUAAGCCUUGCAAGCGUUGCCCUUGUUCUCACCAUAACUUACCCAGACGUAGGGAACAACUGGUUCUGGCUAACCGUAUUAAGUCCCCUGGCAGGAGUGUAUUAUUGGACCAAGGCUUCACGAAAGGAGCAGAUUAAGGUGAGGAUGCUGGUGGGUGAAGACGGCACCCUAUCCGAAGUUAUUGUUCAAGGGGACGACCAACAGGUCGACCAAAUGAGGAAGGAGCUUCAACUUAGUGAAAAGGGCAUGGUCUAUGUGAAGGGUAUUUUUGAGAGAUAA